AUGAUUAGUUCCAAAAAACUCAUCAAGAUGGCAAGGAAGUGGCAAAGACUGGCAGCCCUCGGAAGAAAACGGAUUACAAUAUCAAGAGAGAAUGAGGAAGCUGGUACUACCUGUAGUCAUUCUUCUAAUUCUUUGGCUGAGAAAGGUCAUUUUGUUGUGUAUACAGCUGAUAAGAAGCGAUAUUCCUUCCCCAUAAUUUAUCUCAACAAUUACAUAUUGAGAGAGCUACUCAUAAUGUCAGAAGAAGAGUUUGGACUGCCAAGUGACGGACCAAUCACAUUGCCUUGUGAUGCCGUAUUUAUGGAUUAUGCGAUUUUCUUAAUCCAGAAGAAGGCAACAACCAAAAAUGUUGAGGAAGCUUUGCUUAUAUCCAUGGCUGCUGAUAGAUAUUCGUCAUCUUACAAUUUCCAUCCACUUGAGACGAAAGAAAGUUUGUUAUUAUGCAGUUGCUGA